AUGGCAACAGAAUUUAUAAAGAGUUGCUGUAGAGGAUGUUUCUAUGGUGAAACAAAAAAGCACAACUUGGAAACUGACUUUAAGACAGGAGUCUCUGCUAGUCAAAAUGCCACCAUCUGUGCACCUCCACUGGCUUCUGUGUGUGUGAAGCCGCAGGUUGGCUGCACUGAGGAUUAUUUACUUUCCAAGUUACCAUCUGAUGGCAAACAAGUACCAUUUGUGGUGCCCAAGUUCAAGUUAUCUUAUAUUCAGCCCAAGACGCAAGGAACUCCUUCACAUCUAGAAGAACUUGAAGGAUCUGCCAGAGCAUCUUUUGGGGAUCGCAAGGCAGAACUUUCCGGCUCCUCCCACCCAGGAUCCAGCUAUGACGUAUACAACCCGUUCUACAUGUAUCAGCACAUUUCACCAGAUUUGAGUCGGCGCUUUCCUCCUACUUCAGAAGUGACAAGACUAUAUGGAUCAGUUUGUGAUUUAAGGACCAACAAACUCCCUGGUUCCCCUGGGCUAAGCAAGUCUAUGUUUGAUCUUACAAGUUCAUCUCAGAAGUUCAUGCAGAGGCAUGAUUCACUGUCCAGUGUGCCUAGCAGCUCUUCAUCGAGGAAAAAUUCUCAGGGGAGCAACAGAAGCUUGGAUACUAUCACUCUGUCAGGAGAUGAAAGAGAUUUGGGGAGAUUGAAUGUGAAGGUGUUUUAUAAUUCUUCAGCAGAGCAAAUCUGGAUCACACUAUUACAGUGCAAAGAUUUAAGUUGGCCCUCCAGUUGCGGUAACACGCCUACUGUCUCUAUAAAAGGAGUCCUGACAUUGCCCAAACCAGUGCAUUUCAAAUCUUCGGCCAAGGAAGGCUCCAGUACAAUUGAGUUUAUGGAAACUUUUGUGUUUGCUAUUAAACUCCAGAGUCUGCAAAGUGUAAGGCUUGUGUUUAAGGUUCAAAUCCAGACUCCCAGGAAGAAAACCAUUGGCGAAUGCUCACUGUCACUCAGGACUCUGAGCACCCAGGAAAUGGAUUACUCUUUGGAUAUAGCACCACCUUCAAAAAUUUCUGUGUGCCAUGCAGAACUUGAGCUGGGGACUUGUUUCCAAGCCGUGAACAGCAGGAUUCAGUUACAAAUUCUAGAAGCACAGUGCCUUCCAAGCUCAUCAACACCGCUGACUUUGAGUUUUUUUGUGAAGGUGGCGAUGUUCAGCUCAGGAGAGCUGGUUUAUAAGAAGAAGACACGCCUACUCAAGCCCUCCAGCGGAAGAGUAAAGUGGGGAGAGACUAUGAUUUUCCCACUGGUACAGAGCGAAAGGGGAAUUGUUUUUCUCGUUAAGCUUUAUAGUCGAAGCUCUGUGAGAAGAAGACACUUCGUGGGACAGAUUUGGAUAAGUGAAGACAGUAAUAACAUUGAAGCCAAAAACCAGUGGAAAGAGACAAUUACAAAUCCAGAAAAGGUUGUUAUCCAGUGGCACAAAUUAAACCCAUCUUGA